AUGGGUGAUAUCCUUGUUUCAAUAGCUUGGCAAAAAGCAUUGAUGGUGAACGAUGAAAAAUUGAAAAGCAUGGAGAUGCUUGACGGUGAUUCUAGACAGAUUUCAACCAAGUACUUGGAGUUUCGAAGGUCAGGAGAGUGCUUUGCUGAAGGGGUUUGUAACGACUAUGAUGCUGUAGUAAUCGGGUCCGGAUAUGGAGGCUCUGUUGCUGCUUGUCGGCUAGCUAUGGGUGGUCUGAGAGUAUGCCUACUUGAAAAAGGGAGGAAAUGGGAAGCUCAAGAUUUCCCGACUGACACUUCCCAAAUGCUGUCUGCCGUCAGGAUGGAGCACAGGACAUUUGGAGUCAGCUUUGGCCCUAAGGAUUCUCUUUAUCAGCUCCAACUCUUCCAUUCGUGGGCAUGCUCAACGAGAGUACAGGUUUGUAGACAUGAUGAUUCUGUAGCUGCAAUGGCCUGUGGGCUUGGUGGAGGUUCACUGGUGAAUGCAGGAGUAGUGGUGCCAACACCAGCUCGCACAAGAAGGAACCCGAAAUGGCCUAAAGAUUGGGAAAAAGAUUGGGAGGUUUGUGAAGCAUUAGCUUCUACAAUGCUACGAAUACAAGAUGUUCCCAUCAAGUUCAGGAAUGCCAGAAUCAUGGAUGAAGCAGUAGGAGAAGAGACUGGCUUUAAAAAUCCCGAGCCAUUGAAGUUAACUGUGAAUUUUGAUACAGAAGACCAAAUGUAUAGCUCAAAAAAGUUUGGGAAGGCUGAUUCCUGCCAGGCUUGUGGAAAUUGUAUGUCUGGUUGUCCCUAUAAUGCGAAAAAUUCUACAGAUAAAACUUACUUGUUGUCAGCCAUACAGGCAGGAUGCGAUAUUAGAACGGCAUGUGAAGUGCAAUAUGUAUUCAGAAAUCUAGACGAUACUUCUGAAGUAGAUGAAGCAAUAUGCAGAAGAAAGAGUCGCAGAUGGCUAGUAUUUCUUAAUGAAUUUGAAUGCAUAGCAUCAGAUUUUGUUGUACUCUCAGCUGGAGUGUUUGGCACUACAAAGGUACUUUUCCAAUCACAAAUGAGAGGCUUGAUCCUUUCCAAGAAGCUGGGCUGUGGAUUGAGCUGCAAUGGUAAUAAUGUUGCAUAUCUUUCACGAAGUAGAGCGCCCUUAAAUGCUUGUGGCUUAGACAGAAAGAAGCUACCAGAGGUACCGUUUGAAGAACGUCCAGGGCCAUCCAUUACUUCAUCAUAUAUUUCGUCAUUGGGUUUCACAAUUCAGAGUGCUGUAAUUCCCAUUGCUUUUCCCUGGCUACUUUUUAAAGGGAUUACAACAUAUGGAUGGCCAAUUGGCUACAAUAUUUUAGAUAGCAUAGUGCACAAGGUGAAGCAUCUUUUCGGUCAACCCAGCCAAGACAUGGUUCUGAAUGUAAUUGGGUACGAUAAUGGUGAUGGGAAGCUUACAUUUCGGAAAGACACUAAUGAGAUUUGCUUUCAACCACCAAGUGACCCUUUAUUAGCGCGAAAAAUUGAAGCGUUGCAGAGAAUAACGAAGAAGUUGGGUGGAAUUCUCUUCAUGUCAAGGUAUAGAAGCACAUCCGUUCACCUACUUGGAGGAUGUUGCUCUUCAUCGGAUGCUUCAUCUGGUGUUUGCAACAGCAAUGGUCAAGUUUUUGACACAUUAAAUCCGACAACAGUGUACCCCGGGCUGUACGUUUGUGAUGGCUCCUUAAUACCUUGCUCAGUUGGCAUAAACCCAUGUCUCACCAUUGCUACAGCUGCUGAGCAUGUAAGCAAGCACCCCUUGCAAGAUGCUCUUGACUACAAAAGCAAAGACGUAGACUUUGUAAGAGGAAAACCUGUUGAGAAGAAAAGUUUAGUCCGUUCUUGGAAGUCAGAGAUUAGCCGAGGAUCAGCAGUACAUUUUAAAGAAACCAUGCGAGGGCAUGUUGGUGGUCUGCCAUGUGUUGCUUACCUGAAAUUGAAAUUGAACGCAAGAAGAACUUCUGAAAAAACUAUUGGAGACUUUAGAGAGCCUAAUCCUAUCCUACAAGGAAAAGUUAGCGGCCAUGUCAUGUGUAGUGCCAUAGAAAUGGACAAAUUGCACGUGAUAGAUGGCGAAGUAGAUUUGUGCCAUGUAGAUAUUAAAACUCCUUAUACUCAAUACAUGCACUAUCGUCUCCUCCUUGCAGCAUCCUCUGGUUCAAGAUAUAUACUUGAAGGGAAGAAAGUGAUGAACCCUUUUCUCUUGGGCCUUGAUGCAUGGAAAGAUUCAACAACACUUCACGUAGUAUUAAGAAAAAUCUCUCAGCAUACUUCAGAGGAAGUCAUGAUAAGCUUAAAAGGGAAACUUCAUAUUUCAAUGAUAGAGCUCUUGAAGAGUCUAUUCAGCAUGUCUGGAAAAGGAAAAAUGAAAUUUUUGCAUAUCCUGCUACAGUCUCUUUUCAGGACAUAUAUCUCACAAGUACCUAGAGCAAGUCAAAAGGGGUUCACUCCUUUGGAUCCGUACCAAAAUAGUUAUCCUAGAAGCACACUCCAUGAGAUAAGAACAGAAGAUGGCAUUAUAAUCAGCUGCCAACAGUGGAAGUGCAAUCAAGAACCACAGAGGCAAGAAGAAGGGAAUAAGCCAUUUCCUGUUCUCCUAAUUAAUGGUUAUGCAACUGAAAGUUAUUGCUUGCCAACUGAAAGUAAUGAUCUAGUUAGAAGCUUACUACACCAAGGGCAUGAGACCUGGCUACUGCAAACAAGACUGCUUGGGACUAGUUCUUCAAUUAAUAUGACAGUAGAAGCUAUUGGAAUGUUUGAUAUCCCUGCUGCAAUCAACAAGAUCUCUGAGUUGCACGGGGAGUCUGUAAAGAUACAUGUUGUUGCACAUUGCGUUGGCGGUCUUGCAAUACACAUUGCCCUUAUGGGAGGACAUGUUUUCUACAAAAGAAUAGCUUCCCUUUCCUGCACCAACUCUUCCAUGUUUUUUAAGCUGACUGCUUGGUCGAAAUUCAAAUUAUGGCUUCCUCUCAUACCAGUAAGUACCUUGGUGGCUAGAUAUUUUGCCCUUGUGCAUAUUGAAUGUGGAGAAAGAGUGUGGACAGGAUUUGAUUAGAACAGUUUUGCUAAUCUAAAAAAUUGAAUGAGAUCAAGCCCUGUUGCUUCUAUGUGAGUACUGCUGUCAAAAUUCACUAAAACGAUAGACCU